AUGGUCGCAAAUCAGAAUGUAUGUCUCGAUUUUACCGUCCGAGUUGCCUAUCUCCAGGCUCUUCUUGAUAGACAGUCGCAAUCCGCUGCCACCAAGGAUCAGGAGACAUCCUCCUCGUUACCCACAAAUCACGCCACCUCCUCUCGCAGAUCUCAUGAUGGAUCGUUCUUCGCAACGUUUGACCUGGGAUCCCUGAUGGGGAAGGAUUCGUCAAAGUCGCCGAAAUAUCCUGAAAAGCUCCUCAAAAUAUUCGAUAGCUCACUACAGAGGAUAGCCAUGGGUCAAGAGCCAAAGUAUUCGAACCAAAGGUUUCGACGCACGGUGGCAAGAUUCUGGUCGUCUACUUGGCCCGACAAGACUUUUCAACGUCAAAUGAAGGAAUCACGGAAGAUAGAAGAUCUCAUCUUGGCUUUCGUCACCUCAUCGACCAAGACAUUGCAAAAGGAUGAGGAACUGAUGGACGGGGCAUGGAAGUCGGAGCUCAGCUUGCAAGUGUCUCUCUUUUUAGAUCUUCUGUAUGAUUGCUUGGUAUCCCUUGGACCACUUUCUCCCGAACUGGCCUCCCGUUUACAGUCAUAUCGCAAUCGUCUAAAGCCUCAAGAUACUCCCUCGAAGACAGACAAGGAUGCAGAGGAUAGAUCAAAAGAAAGAAAUGACGGAGAUACCCUGAGUAUUGCUAGGAAGCAUGAUGGGAAUGAUUUGAUGGGACCAUUACUUGACACAGUAGCCACCCUCUAUCAGCUCAGAAGGGAGGAUAUUCGUCGCAUCAUCACGGACAUAGAAAAUACCUGUACCGAGCAAGCUGCAUUAGACGAUCUCAAGAAAUGUCUGAAAUCUCUAAACACCGAUAUGCCAUACCUCUACUCACCUCGCGAUUUCCCUGACCCUGGCUGCUGGAAUACAUGGCGUACCAGCGAGGUAUCGGCUCUCUCACAGAUGAUGCUUAACAUGAUGCAAGCAAAUUCUUCUCUCCAUCAGACUGCGGAUCGCCAAUCACCGUCAGAUUUGUCGCUUCAACUGGAUACACUCAAUCUCGACGCAGGAGAAUAUCAGUUCACCUACAUACCCCCCGAUCCGAAAGCUACAUAUCGCGAGCUGUUGGAUAGAUGCCUAGACCACGACCUGGAAUUACUCAAAACACUCCCUGAAGAUGAGGAUGUUUCUCUAGGAAUCUUGUCGCACGAGCACGUCACUUUGCUCCAGGUAUGUGCUGCUAGGUGGAGGCUACCCUUAUCAUUCCGAACAUGUGCGUUCUUCUCUGCGAUUGUCGAUCGAUAUCAGCAAGGAGAUGUUCCAUCGGCAUGCGUAUAUGAAGCACAAUCCAUGGUAGAAAGGUCACAAUUAGAUACCCCUACUUCGGCUUGGGCUAAUUCAGAUAAAGAAUUAUUUGAUCGGACCCUGUAUCGCCGAGACGUCUGCUUCUUGCAAGCAGUUGCAGAGGGCCUUAGGUGCCCCAAAGGAUAUCAUUCGGAAGAAUUUCUCGAAGCCGUGGAAGAUUGGUACACGCUCAAUGUUUCGGAAGAGCAGCAGCGGAGCCUAUCUACCAUUUCAACGCAAAUCAUGGAUAACAUUAAAUCUCAAGCUUUCAACACCUACAUCGAUCAUGCCUCUAGACUUUUAGAUCAAGAGGGAUCAAAGACUUGCACAUUUGCGCUACAACUAGGUACGUGGAUUGAGAAGGAAGCCAAAAAACUCGACAAACGGUUUGCGGCCCCGAUAAGCAGUGAGAUCGACAUCGUGCCACUCGUUCUUCAGCAACACCUGACGUUGUGGUUUCGAGAUCUCGAAGACACCAUUCUUGCGCAAACCCAUGAAGCCCUUCGCUCCAAUAUGGAAGAGAUGUUUGUCUUGUAUCGAAAAUCCUGUAAAUUGAGUGAUAUGGGGAACGCGUUUCUGAGAGAAAUGAAAUACGUUCUCCGUUUCCCCUUACCGCCUUUGUUCACGGGCUUAGUCAACCUGUGGUUGGAAGAGACGGCGUUGAAAACGAAAGAUUGGUCGGAUCAAGCUUUGGCAGUAGACAGCUUUGAACCAACUUCGCCGAACGGGCCGUCAUCUUCUGUCACCGACCUAUUUGACUCUUUCAGAAGUGCGGUACACUUCCUUAUGGGUCUAAAUUGGCCAGAUGAGCAACAGUUGGCAGGAUUCGCCACCCGCUUAGCCAAGAUCAUCAGUUUCUCCAUCAACGACUAUUGUCAAAAAGUAGAGCAACUAUUCGCCCAAGACAUGCGUCAGAGUGAAACAGUCUUCACAGCCGCCAAACAGAAAGCCUGGCUGGAGAAAGCUAAAGCAACGCUCGCAUCUCUACAAGGCGAGCGAAAGUUGCAAGCGUUUUUUAACUUCACGCCACAAUCAUGCGUAAAGCUCAACAAUAUUGAAGCGGCUCGUCAACAGUUGGAUCAGCUAUACGACCAGAUGAGGGUUGAUGACUUAUCAGCUUACGAUGUAGCUGAGGGAUCUGCUCAAAAUGGUCAUCAGGCUUACUUGUUUACCGUGAAGAUUGUUCUGGCCGAAGGACUCACGCUCGAAAGCAGCAAUAAGUCACCUGACAGCUUCGUCAUACUGAGCGACGAACAUGGUAAUCGGUACGCCAAAACUCGAACGAUUUAUGAUGAUACAGACCCACGAUGGGACGAAAGCUUUGAUAUCCCCGUCAAAGGUAGUGCCUGGUUCAUGGCAACGGUUCGCCAACGUAACAUCACCGGCAAACAUGAUCUUCUAGGAAGGGCAUAUCUUCGUCUCGACCCUUCGCAGCACGUGGAUCUACUGUCGAAAGACGUCUUGCUCCCUCUGGAUACAAGAGGUCAUUUGUUGAUGCGAGUCGCAAUGGAAGGAGAAAGAGACGAUAUCCAAUAUCAUUUCGGUCGAGCGUUCAGAUGGCUCAAGCGUACAGAAUCUGAUAUGGUACGGACAUUUGUGGACAAGGUGAGUAGAUUGAAGUGCGGCAAACCGCUUACGACAGAUGAUUCCGGUUCUACGGCACACGCUGUCCCGAGCUUCCAUCAAAUCAGUCCUGAAACCGAACAUCAAUGGCCCAAUUGA